UCACUUUAAUAAUUACCUAUUAUUCAAGUACGUACCUUAUCUUUCUUUGCUAAGGUAACUUGAUAUCAUCUUCUCAUCGCCUCUUUCUCGUGGAGUUCCCCUCAGAAUUGAAAUAAUAUUACGAAAGGUCUAGUUCCUCUCUUUUCAUUCGCUUGGACUCUCUUGGCACAAUUUCUAAAUUCGUGUAGACCCUCGAGGCCACUGAACGGAUCUUCCUGCCACUCGCGACCUCCCCCCAACUUCUUCAAAUCCACAAAUCCACCCAAACUUCAAUUCCAGCCUCGAAAGAGCUUGCGGUCUCAACCUGUUUCACUCCGGAAUCUCUAAGCGCUUUUAUCUCUACGUCUGCGAGCUCGAAUUGACAUCACAUACUCAGCAUAUCUGGUGGUUUUGAAGCCACAGGGGUUUCGCCAUGUUGGGUCCUAAGGGUGGCAUGAAUUGGAAAGCUACAAAGGCACAGUUACCGCCUGUGAGAGCGAUAUGGGUAUUUCUUACAAGGACGCGAUUUUUACUCUGUGUAGCAUUGGCUGGUGUUGUUAUAUUACUAUGGAGAGGAAUUAGUACUUCUGCACAAGAGAUGCAAAGGUAAGCACUCUAUUAUACUCAAUCGGCACAGCCAAACAAGAGUAACAUCGCUGAUUUUGUUCCUUGGGUAAAGAUAUUAUUGUUGGGGACCUUCGAAACCGCCGAUGCAAAUGACCUUGAAUGAACAAGCCGACUGGAACGCGCAUUUACAAACACCAGUUAUCUUUAAUCAUCAUGAACCAGUGGUUGUAAAUUCGAGCACCAUUAAAAGUGUUGACCUCAAUCCCAUUCGAUCCACUACGAAAGCAAUUGCAAAUGAAGAACGCAUUUUGAUUUUGACCCCUCUCCGAGAUGCCGCGUCAUAUUUACCAAAAUACUUCGAUUUACUCUCACUCUUGUCAUACCCACAUCAUUUGAUAGAUCUUGCUUUCUUGGUUGGUGAUUCAUCCGAUGACACUCUUGCUGUUCUUGCAGCAGAACUCGACAGAGUUCAAGACGGAAAGGAAACCCCAGCAUUUAACAGUGCUUUGAUUGUUCAAAAGGACUUCGGUGCGGUUUCAGGUCAAACCGUUGAAGAACGUCACGCAUAUGUGGCACAGGCACCUCGAAGGAAGAUUAUGGCUCGUGCCAGAAACUACCUCCUCUCUACGGCAUUGAAACCGGAACAUUCAUGGGUAUACUGGAGAGAUGCAGAUAUCGUUGAUAGCCCUGAGAAGAUUAUUGAGGAUUUCAUUGCUCACGACAGAGACAUCAUUGUACCGAGUAUGGAAAUCCUUAUUUCCAUGGUACUUAUUACACUUACUGACUUGGGCAGAUGUUUGGUUCCACCGAUACCGUGAUGGGGUUGACAUUGAGGGUCGAUGUAAGUCUAGAUCAUCCCUGACAGUAUGCGGUCAAUGCUAAUCAUUUACAGUUGAUUACAACUCGUGGAUCGAAUCGGAUAAAGCACUCAAGUUGGCCUCAAAGCUUGACAAAGAUACAGUUAUUGUCGAGGGUAUGUAUUAGACUGAAGAGGUUUGCAUCACUAUGCUGACGAAUGUCCAGGUUACAAGGAAUUUGAUACUGGUCGCACUUACAUGGCUUUGAUGGGUAAUUGGAGAGAAAACAAGGAUGAGGAAGUUAAGCUUGAUGGUAUUGGAGGAGUCAACAUCAUUGUGAAGGCAGAUGUCCAUAGAUCAGGUAAUUCUGCCAGGGAUAUUGACAGGCCGUGACGCUGACGAAUCUAUAGGAAUUAACUUCCCGGCCUACGCAUUCGAAAAUCAAGCCGAGACUGAAGGUUUCGCAAAAAUGGCUAAGAGAGCAGGUUAUGAGGUUAUUGGAUUACCCAACUAUGUGGUCUGGCACAUGGACACGGAGGAGAAACCGGGUAACAAUGUUUGAGAUGGCUCUGUAUUGAGAAAUUCGUUCGGACACGUCUUAAUGCAUAUACGGAGUUUUUAAGUGAGAAAGAUAAGAAUUUUGUAUGAUUGGAUCGGAGUGGGAACCAACAUUCGGAAAGGAGGAAAAAAUGAUUCCCCCAACCUACCUUCGAAGGGGUUUUAGUACCUUUGAAAUUUCUUGUACCGAAUUUUUUCAUUCUGGGGGCUCAGGGAGUUUGAACAUUUUUCAUGAAUGAAGAUACGGGCUUGGGCUUGUUAGCAAGCAUGGUUGCAAGGACAGCAUACCACUGUAAUAGAAAAGUCCCAAUUGCGAUUUGUUUAUUCAUGAUGGUUUUACUACUGCUGUGGUGCACUGGUGGUUUAUUGGAUGAGAGACUGGGAAGAUGGGCAUAUAAUGAGAAUGAGGAAGAGAACGCAAAUGAGAACGCAAAAUGAGAGCGCAAAUGCCAGUGUGGUUGGUUGAUUGGUGGGUAGGAUGGAGUGGAGGUUGUGAAAUGUGUAAUUGUUCUAUGGAUACCUAUGGAUACCUAAUGGAUGGAUGAAUGAAUGGAUGGGUAUGCGGGAAUUCGAAGGGAAGAAAAGAAAAGCUUUAGAGGGCAGGGGCAGGCAUAGGGAUAGGGUUUGAUAGCUUAGGGUAGCUUAGCUUGGUAAUGGACGG